GUGGGAUAACAAUGCCGGGCGUGAGAAUCAGCAACCGCGCUUCUCCCGCUUGCAACAGAUCUCGCCAAUUCUUCUGCCCAGGAGCCGAUCGAUCAACAACAAAACGUGUUGCUGCGCCCCACAGACCCACUAGCCGGACUGGGUCGCGCGCGGGAUUGUGCGUUGCGCCAAUGCGUACCUUUAUUUCCGUAUUGUGCGUGGUAGUAUAAAGGCUCGCUCCAGAACGGAGGCUCCGAUCAGUGCUUUUGCAGCCUUCCGGUGAUCGGUAGAUUUCGAAAGUUUGUACUGUGGUUUUAGGGAAGAAUCCUGAAUAGUGGUUGUACAGCAGUUGUGAAAAGUGCAGUACGAUGAAUACGGAAACGAUCGAUACGGGACCAGUGUUGGAGGGUGCGUUGAAUGUGGCCGAGUUCUAUCGUGACGCGACCGUGCUGGUUACCGGUGGCACCGGCUUUAUCGGCAAAGUGUUGGUCGAGAAGCUGCUGCGUUGCUUUGAGGUGAAGAAGAUCUUUCUCCUGAUCCGGCGCAAAGCGAACGUCAGUGCGACGGAUCGUCUCCAGCAGAUGUUGGAAGGACCGAUUUUCGACACAAUCCGUAGCACGGCACCGGAUGCGAAGGAGCGCUUCGCGAAGGUCGUAGCAGUGGAUGCCGCAUUCGAUCGCGAGGACAUUGUGGAUGACGUCGACAAGACGAAACUUUGUAAUGAAGUGCAGAUCGUUUUCCACGUGAUGGCCUCGAUCCGGUUCAACGAGGUGCUGGACGAAGCGAUCGCGAUCAACGUCACCUCAGCGCAGCGGCUGUACGCCCUCGCCAGCUCGAUGGCGGAACUGCGCUCGAUCGUGCACGUGUCGACGUUCUACGCGAACUGCGAUCGGCCCUACAUCGAGGAGCGCAUCUACGACGACGUACCGUACGGAGGGCUCGAGCACAUCCAGCUAUUCUUCAAGAGCCUCAGCGUGGAGGAGAAGGAACGCAUGACGCGGGUGGUGCUGGGUAAUAUGCCCAACUCGUACGUGUUUAGCAAAAAGUGUGCGGAGGCCAUGGUUGGCCGCGAGUUUGGCCAUCUGCCGAUUGGGAUCUUCCGGCCGCCGAUCGUGAUCUCGAGCUACCGGGAGCCGGAACCGGGCUGGGUGGACUGUUUCCACGGUGCCACCGGGUUGUGCGUGCCGGUCGUCCUGGGCAAGACGAUGUGGUACUAUGGGAAGCCGGAGGUAAAGCCGUUCAUGUCGCCGGUCGAUCAUACGGUGUCGGGGAUGUUGGCGGCGGCGUGCGACAUCUACCGCCGACAGUGCACCAUUCUGCCUGUGGAAAAGCCGGUCCCGGUGUAUAACUUUACGUUCGAGAAGAACCGGUUCGCUUACGGCGAUAUGGUGGAGCUGGUCUGCUCUGGUUUGCCGAACGUGCUCGAUCGAUGGCUAAGUCGCAUCAAAUGCCGCAUCAGUCCUUGGAAAAUAUUUCCCCAAAUGCUGCUCUGGCUGAUGACGCUCCAGGCCCGCAUUGCCGAUGAAAUUCUGGCCUGGUUUGGCAAGCGGGGCAGCAACGUGAAAAUUGUGUCCGCCAUUACGACACUCUCCAACGCGGUCGAGUACUUCCGCUGUCACAUGUGGACCAUGGACAACAGCAACGUGAAGCGGAUGCUGUCACUGCUAUCCCGAGACGAUGCCAAGAGGUUGGACUUUGAUGGCGAGCAGAUCGACUGGCGAGACUACCACAAAUCGUACGCCAAGGGCAUUGCAAUGGAGCUGAUGAGGAAGAACGAUCGCCGGAAGUCGUCGAUGGCGGCGAACAGAGCUUGAGCGUCUUUGUGCAUGUUUUGUUUAUGAUAGGUUAAUAAUGUUUGAUUAUUUUUUUAUAUUUAUUCAUUAUAAUUUUUUCUUACAUUCUAUUUGUUUACAUCACGACAAUAAAUCUACAAAGUUAAUAAAGCUUUGUGCUACAUUUGUAACAACGAA